CGUGUAUACAGGCCGUUGCAAAUUAACAGGCGGCAUUGUACGGUCAUGUCACAAUAUGUUUUUUUAAUUUCUUGCAUCUUACGCUAAAAUCCGUCCUCUAGAUUGAUUCAUGCGGCCACUGUAUUCUCGAAUAUCAUUCAUCUAAGUUUAUUUCCGGUAGUUUGGUGUACCUGUAUAAUCUGUACGACCUGUACCGCCUAUAUUAUUCUCUGGUUCAAUGCUUCAGUUUCAGUCCCAUUCAGCUUGGUGUUUGCGGAAUGAAUAGUAUGUCGGUUAAAGGGGAAGAUGUGCUUGGUGUUGGCGAAGUUUUGGCUGUCACCAAGUAUAAAACCGCUGGUGACAUAGUAAACCGAGUUUUAAAGCAAGUAAUUGAUAAAUGUGUUGUUGGCGCCUCAGUUUAUGAAAUCUGUGAAUUUGGAGAUGACUUAUUGAUAAAAGAGACUUCAAAAGUCUCAAAAAAAGAAGAUGAUUUGAUUGCAGGUAUUGCAUUUCCAACAUCUGUGUCAGUGAAUAAUUGUAUUUGUUACUUCUCGCCGAUGCCCGGUGAGGCAGACUACAUGCUGAAGGAUGAAGAUAUGGUGAAAAUUGACCUGGGAGCACACGUGGAUGGAUUCGUAGCAGUCGUGGCCCACACAAUAGUUCUUGGAGUCACAAGUGAAGCUAAAGUGACUGGCCGGCGGGCAGAUGUAGUUCUUGCAGCACACUAUGCGUCACAGGCUGCUCUGCACCUCCUGAAGCCUGGCAAUGACACAUAUGCUGUAACAGAUGCAGUGCAGAAAGUGUGCGAGGCAUACAAAUGCAAGCCUGUUGAAGGGAUGCUGAGUCACCAGUUGGAUCAGUUCGAGUUCGAAGGCAAAAAGACCAUAAUUCAAAAUCCAAGUGAUUCACAGAAGAAAGAGCAUGAGAAAUAUGAAUUUGCGACACAUGAAGUUUAUGCUAUGAAUGUGCUUGUCAGCACAGGUGAAGGAGUGGGUCGAGUAGAUAAUCAGGUGACCAUCUACAAGAAAACAGACGAAACUUACCACCUGAAACUUACGGCUUCACGAAAGUUCUAUAGUGAAGUGACCCACAGACACAGUUCCAUGCCUUUUAACCUUAGAAGCUUUGAGGAUAUAAAGAAGGCCAAAAUGGCCAUUGUGGAAUGCGUGAAUCAUAAUCUGUUUAAACCUUACAAAGUACUCUAUGAGAAGUCUGGUGAAUUUGUGGCUCAUUUCAAGUUUACAGUGUUACUGAUGCCUGAUGGGCCCUGCGUGAUAACUGGUCUUCCAUUCAACCCAGAGCUAUACCAGUCAGAGCACACCCUCAGUGAUACAGAAUGGAAGGUGUCUAAUUUGAGAAUAUAAGAAGCUACAGAUAGCAAGGCGAGAAGUCAGCAUCCAGCUGCUGGAGUUCCUUUUUAUUCUUUGUCAUAUAUCGCUUCCUGAAUAAGAGGAACUUGUUCAGCAGGACACAUUGGUAACCAUGAAACCUGUUUACAUUAAUAUACUUGACAGCGCUGGAGAUGGCAUCGUGUAGUAGCAUGUAAAUCAGGUAUAAAUGUAUUCUUUUCACUUCCAUGCCCCCCAAGUUCAUGAUAAUCUAUGUCAACAUGUUACUAUUUUGUACCCUUUCUUGGGGCAUCUCACUCAGGGACAUUCAGUAUUAUGUGAUUAUAUGUUUAUGUAUGAUGUGUAGCAAAAGAAAUUUAAAAACAAUUUUUUGAGUAUUUUGGAUGCUGAAGAUAUAUUUCAUAUAUAGCUUAUAUAGAAAAACUCAUUUGUAUGUAAUAGAAUAAAUAAUUAAACUUGUUAAGUGCCUGACA